AUGGCCACCCCUGACACCACCAUUCGCAUCCCGGAGCCCAGAGGUCUCCCUUUGCUGGGAAAUGUCACCGAGUUCAAAUCCACAGACUCCCUACAAGAUCUUAAUCGCCUUCACGACACCUAUGGCGAGAUAUUCCGAUUGAAACUGCCCGGAGGCAAGACCUUUUCAGAGGUCGGCGAGGCUCGCAUUGCCACUCAUGACGGCCUCUUCACGGCCGAGAACGAGGAAGAGAAUUGGGGCAUUGCCCACCGCAUCUUGAUGCCUGCGUUUGGUCCCGUCGCGGUCAGGGGCAUGUUCGAUGAAAUGUACGACAUCACCACACAAAUGACCUUGAAGUGGGCACGACACAGUUCAUCGCAGCGUAUCGCCGUAUCCGAGGACUUUACCCGCCUAGCAUUGGAUACGAUAGCACUCUCUUCGAUGGAUUAUCGCUUCAACUCGUACUACAAGGAAGGAGUCCACCCCUUUGUCCAAAGCAUGGCAGACGCGCUCACCGAGAUUGGAAAACGAUAUCAACGCCCCGAUUGGGCCAAGAAGUUCUUUCUAGGCUCCGAGCAUAAACUCUCCGAGGAUAUCAAGGCAAUGCGAAAGACGGCCGCCGAGAUCAUCAAAGCUCGACGGGCAAACCCCGAGAGCAACAGGAAGCAGGAUCUAUUGGCCGCUAUGAUGGACGGUGUAGACCCCAAGACUGGAAAGAAGUUGACCGAUGACUGCAUUACUGACAACCUCAUCACAUUCCUCGUCGCGGGACAUGAGACAACUUCCGGCACGUUGUCCUUUGCCAUGUACUCGCUACUCAAAAAUCCCGCCGCAUAUCAGAGGGCACAAAAGGAGGUCGACGAGGUAAUAGGACGAGGAGGACCCGUCACUGUCGAGAAGAUCUACAGUUUAAAGUACAUCCCUGCUGUACUCCGUGAGACUCUACGCCAGUGUGCCCCCAUCCCCGCCUUCAACCUCGAGCCACUAGAGGACACCACUCUAGCUAAAGGAAAGUAUCCCGUCAAGAAAGGAGAGGCGAUAGUCGCAUACUUGACCAAAGCUCACCGAGACCCCGCCGUCUUCGGCGAAGAUGCGGAUGAAUUCAAACCCGAGCGUAUGAUGGAUGACAACUUCAAUCGACUUCAAAAGGAAUUUCCCAACUGCUGGAAGCCUUUCGGUAACGGUAUGCGAGGCUGUAUCGGCCGACCAUUCGCAUGGCAGGAGAUGCUUCUGGCCUUGACCAUUCUGCUCCAGAACCUCGACUUCUACAUGGACGACCCGAGCUAUAGUCUGAAGAUUGUGGAGACGCUGACCAUCAAGCCCAAGGAUUUCUACGUGCGUGCUUCUCUGCGGCAUGGCAUGACUGCGGUAGAUUUGGAGCGUCAGCUACGUGGAGGUACAAGUCAAGGAGAGAAUUUGCUUGAGAAGCAAAGUCGUUCGUCCACUCCUAAUAUUCCAGGAUCUACCGAACGGCCGAUGAGCAUUUUCUACGGCUCAAAUAGUGGAACCUGCAAAGCUCUUGCUCUCCGACUCGCGACGGACGCCAAAUCUCAUGGGUUCAAAGUGGCAAAAGUGGAUGUGCUUGAUGCUGCCAGAGACAAUCUACCUAUCAACCAGCCUGUGGUCAUCCUCACAUCCUCCUACGAAGGUCACCCUCCAGACAACGCCGCACAUUUUGUUACCUGGCUUAAAAAUCUGGCUGGGCAAGAAGCUCAAAACGUUUCAUACGCAGUAUUCGGAGUCGGAAAUCGGGAAUGGAGCCAGACUUUCCACAGUAUUCCUAAGUUGGUCGAUAAAACCUUGGAGGAGCGUGGUGGUGCAGAGCGAGUUGCAGGGACCGGAUUCACAGACGUCUCUGACAGUGAUCCAUUCAGUGACUUUGAGAACUGGGAGGAUGAGAUACUUUGGCCUGCUUUGGAGCAAAGAUACGCCCGCUCUAAACCAGAUGACGAGCUUACUGACACCCGCUUAUCCGUACAAGUCACGAUGCCUCGUAGUACAACACUCCGCCAGGAGACCCGGGAGGCAAUCGUCACCGCAACCAGAACUCUGACGGCUCCAGGCACAACACCUGUGAAGAAACACAUUGAAAUCAGACUCGCAACAGGGACAGUCUACCGCGCAGGCGACUAUCUCGCCGUCCUACCUCUGAACCCACGACAUACCGUUGAAAGGGUAUUCCGCCGUUUCGGGCUCGCAUGGGAUGCGGCACUCAUCAUCAAGGGCGACAAACUUUUGCCACUACCUCUCGAUCAGCCGACAUCUGCAUGGGACAUCUUCACUUCCUAUGUCGAACUCGGACAGCCAGCAACCAAGAGGAAUAUCCUGGCUCUCGCGCAGUGCACCMAAGACUUGGAUGAACAGAAAAAGCUCAAAGACCUUUCAGGGAAAAGAUUCAGAGACGAGAUUAUGAAGAAACGGAUCUCCAUCCUUGAUCUCUUGGAAGAGUUCCCAUUAAUAGAGCUCCCCAUAGCCCAAUUCCUCGCCUUCCUCCCCCCAAUGCGUAUUCGUCAAUACUCCAUCUCCUCCUCCCCUCUAAAAGACCCCAACCUAGCAACCCUCUCCUACUCCCUCCUCGACGAACCCUCACUAGCAGGACACGGCGGCCGUCACGUCGGCGUAGCAACCAACUACCUCUCCAGCCUCAACCCCUCGGACCGUCUACAAGUCGCCGUCCGCCCUUCAAACCUCGCCUUCCAUCUCCCCCCCGUACCAGAAUCCACACCAAUAAUCUGCAUCGCCGCCGGAGCCGGAAUCGCCCCUUUCAGAGGUUUCAUCCAGGAACGCGCAGUACAAAUCGCAGCUGGAAGAAUUCUCGCCCCUGCUAUCCUUUUCUAUGGCUGUCGUGGUCGAGCCGAUGAUCUCUAUCGCGAAGAACUCGAUGGCUGGGAAGUUGAAGGCGCUGUCCAGGUCAAGAGGGCUUUUUCGCGGGAUAUUACCUCUGCGGAUAAAGAAACGAUGGGAUGUAAAUAUGUUCAGCAUCGUAUGAUGCUUGAGAAGGAGUUUUUAUAUGAGCUUUGGAGUCAAGGUGCUAAACUUUUUGUCUGUGGGAGUCGGGAAUUCGGGGCUGCGGUUGAGAGGACUUGUGUGGAACUUAUUGAACAGUGGAAGGAACCUGGGGAGGAUGCGAGGGAGUUGUUGGAGGGGUUUCGGAAUGAGAGGUUUGUGAUGGAUGUUUUUUGA